UGAAAGAUUGAUAGCAUGAAUUGACGAGAAAUACCACGACAUGACUGAUGAGUGAUGAGUGUGAAGAUGUAUAACCCGUGACCGAUGAUCUCUUCCAGCAACCACAAACAUUCCACAUGCCUGUCACCAUCGCACUCAUUCCAAGGCUUGCCACAACAACAACAGCCACAACAGCGAACAGGGGCAACACCCACCUGCCACAGCGACAACAGCCACAAUACGCAUCGCCACAACACGUUGAGCCACAAUAGCCACAGAAAGAGCAACAACACUUCCACAAUAGCGGUAGCUACAGCCACAACAGCCACAGCCACAGCCCAACAACGGCCAAAACACACAACACCACAAAUGUGGAACUGUUUCUCCAAGCGAGCAGUCAACCCCUCCAGCGACAGCAGCCGUAACAGCCACAGCAGCCACAAGUCUUACAGCCACAACAGCAACAACCCCAACAACACCAACCACAGGAACCACAGCCACAACAGCCACAAGAGCAGCACCGACAACAGCGACAGCCACAACAGCCACAACAGCCACAACAGCCACAACAGCUCAGCAUCUUGUAGCGAAGCUCAGACCCAUGCCAACCUUGAACUUGCUGUUGGAAUCCCGUCGCUCGCGAGGGGCAAUGUAAAUAAAUAAGUACGCACCUAAUCUGAUAGCGAUUACAAAUG